CUAAGCUGGCAAGAUGGCGUCGGAGCCGAACAAGACUGAAAUUCUCACAGUUUUUAAAAGACUGCGCUCUAUUCCUACGAACAAGGCUUGCUUUGACUGCGCUGCUAAGAACCCAAGCUGGGCCAGUAUUUCUCAUGGGGUUUUCCUUUGCAUCGACUGUUCAGGGAUCCAUCGUUCUCUGGGAGUCCACCUGAGCUUCAUUAGAUCCACAGAGUUGGACUCCAACUGGAGCUGGUUUCAGCUCCGAUGUAUGCAGGUUGGAGGAAAUGCCAAUGCGAUGGCUUUUUUCCGUCAGCAUGGCUGCACUACCAACGACACCAACGCGAAGUACAACAGCCGUGCGGCGCAGAUGUACCGGGAGAAGAUUAGACAGCUCGCCAAUGCAGCACUCUCCAAAUACGGCACUGAUCUGUGGAUCGAUAAUUCAGGAAAUACUCUGACCCCAGCACCAGAGAAGAAAGAGACCGACUUCUUUGAUGAGCACACUCAGGCUGGCAACAGUUGGGACAUGGCCUCCCCUUCACUCUCGGAGCAGAACGGAACAGUCACCUUGACUCCUCAGCUGGAGCACGACAGCCCCAAAGCGUCAGAGUCCGUCCACACCCAACUGGAGGAAGGACCCAGCAUUGAGGGACUGAUCAUGGAUACAAAAGCCACUAUAGACGACUCGAUGAGAUUGGCAUCUGAUGAGCCACAGCCUCUUAAAGAAGUGAGACCUUCCAUUAUUGGAAAGAAGAAGCCGGUUGCUGCAAAGAAAGGGCUCGGGGCUAAGAAGGGUCUCGGGGCCCAGAAGGUGAGCAGCAAGAGCUUCAACGAGGUUGAGAAGCAGGCACAGGUGGCCGAGAAGAUGAGAGAAGAGCAAGCUGCCGAGUCUAAGAAACAGGCCGAGAUGUCGAUUGUGGCCUCGAUGCGCUUGGCCUACAAAGAGCUGGAGAUUGACAGGAAGAUGGAAGAGAAGAGGCUGCAGAACCUGGAGGGGAAGAAGAGGGAGCAGGCUGAGCGGCUCGGCAUGGGCUUAGGAACCAGGAGUGUAGUGUCACACUCUGUGAUGUCAGAGAUGCAGGUGAUUGAGCAGGAGACCCCUGUGAACUCAAAGUCCUCCUCUCGCGCCAGAUUGGACAUGUUUGAUGAGCCUGGGUUUACAUCCGGACCACCAAAGUACAAGGACAACCCCUUUACUACAGGAGACAGCUUUGGCUCACGGUGGGAUACUGAUUCAGGCUCCACCUCCUUCUCUUCCUCCUGGGCUCUAGAAAAGGAGGAGCCCAAAGAGCCUGAAGUCACCAUCUCGAGCAUCCAGCCUAUCGGGGAAAGGUUACCUAGCAGAAGGAAGCUGGAAACUUCCAUGCCUGUCGCAGAAUCCAGCGAGGCACGGCAGAAGUUUGCUAAUGCUAAAGCGAUCUCGUCUGACAUGUUUUUUGGCCGCGAGAGCAAUGCUGAGUAUGAGGCCAAGGCUCGUCUGGAGACCUUGUCCAGCAGCACAUCUAUUAGCUCUGCUGAUCUGUUCGGGGAUGGAAGCAGCCGCUCGUCAGGGGGAUCAGGAUUUGAUAGUGUGCUUCCCUCUGGACCGGACAUGGCCCAGUUUAAACAAGGUGUAAAGACCGUGGCUGGAAAAAUGGCUGUGCUGGCUAACGGGGUUAUGAACACCAUUCAGGACCGCUAUGGCUCCUACUGACAGGACUGCAUGAUUCAAACAGGAAAGGAAAUGACAUCAAACAGGACGUGCCACACUGUUGACUGGAUCAGGCUUUGUUAUUUUUUCCUCUAAUGAAUUGUACCUGAAGCACAGAGGGAGAAAAUGGAGAAACAAAAAGAAACUUGAGGAGACGGUACAACGCAGGACCUCCUUAUCUCUUCUUUCGGUCUGCCUACAGGCCUUUGUAGAUUUUUUUUUUUCCCUUCUCCCCUCUCUUUCUCCCCCCACACACACCGACAGUAUUUUAGCUUUCUUUUUGGAUUUUUUUUUUCCAAUAACAAAUCCUCAAAGAUGUAGAAAGUGUGUUUUUUGAGAACCGCAGUGCUUUUUUGUUGAAACUAACCGAGCUGGCUAUUUUUAUGCCAUAUUACUGGUAUGAGAUUUCAUAGAAUUAAGUAUUCUCUAUGAAAUAUGUAUAACCAAACUUAUUCUUAGCUCUUCAAUGUUUUCAUUUGUUGUGGGUUUUUUUUUUUUUUGUAUUUAAGUGGUAUUAUAUUCUUCAUGGGCGUGUGCAUUCAUAACUAGUACUUUCACCUCACACAGAAAGGGAACCACAAUGGUUAUAUUUUAAAUUUAUUUGGAAGUCUGCGAGGUCCGGUGAACCUAGAAAUGGACGUUUCCCAAAGCUGAACGAGUGAAGUAGCUUUUAGGUGUAAAUCGGGAUCUACCGAUGUGAGAUGUUUCAAAUGUUAAAUAGGAUGAAGAAUAAGCUGAUGUGCAAUACGUCACCCUCAUUUGUGAAGGUGGACACAUCAGAUUUUGUUGUUUGAAACCCAUAUUGAAAAGCAUUGUGGUUUUGUGAUAUUUCUCCAAGCAUGCAUGUUUAGGCCCGUGAUUGUAAAACUACUUUCAAAGCCUCAAAACAAACCUGGAGUUGUCAUACUUUUUAACAAGCUGCAGACAGAGCAGAGUAAAUCUGGCAGAUUUUAUCAGUUUUAUCACAGACAUGACGAGGCAUCUGCAGCUGCUUACACGUACAUCAGGUCUUAGACUGGUGUGAAUUUUAAUGAGAAAUAGAAUUAAAGAUGAACUGAAUGAUUGACA